GCCCUUCAGAUACACAAGCGGAUAUUGUGAAGAUGGCGGACCCGGGAUCCUGUAAUUGCGGCCCUGUGGCUCCUCUCAAGAUUUACAACCAGCUGACAGACCAAGGGGAAAGAGUUCGAGCACUAAAAUCUGAAAAGGCUUCAAAGGAUGAUAUUGAUGCUGCGGUGAAACUUCUUCUGGCUCUGAAAGUGGAAUAUAAAACUGCCACAGGACAGGAAUACAAGGCAGGUUCACCCCCAACAGACAACACCCCUGUUGCUAAUAAUGGUCUGCCCCCUGCCAGCGACGGGGAUGACUUUGUGGAUCCGUGGACAGUUCAGACAGGCAGUGCGAAAGGGGUCGACUAUGACAAGCUUAUCGUUCGCUUUGGGAGCAGCAAGAUUGAUCAGGAGCUUAUCGAUCGGAUAGAGCGCGUCUCCGGUCACAAAGCCCACCACUUCCUGCGGAGGGGGAUCUUCUUCUCUCACAGGGACAUGCACCAGAUCCUGGAUGCUGUUGAGAAGGGGAAGCCAUUUUAUCUGUAUACAGGAAGGGGUCCAUCUUCGGAGGCCAUGCACGUUGGACACCUCAUCCCAUUCAUCUUCACCAAGUGGUUACAGGAAGUGUUUAAUGUCCCGCUUGUGGUCCAAAUGACCGACGAUGAGAAAUAUCUGUGGAAAGACCUGACCUUAGAGAAAGCUUACCAAUAUACAAUCGAGAACGCCAAAGACAUUAUAGCGUGCGGCUUCGAUGUCAAUAAGACUUUCAUCUUCUCCGAUCUAGAGUACAUGGGGACGAGUUCAGGUUUCUACAGAAACGUAGUCCAGGUCCAGAAACACGUCACUUUCAACCAAGUGAAAGGAAUAUUCGGGUUUACAGACAGCGAUUGCAUUGGUAAAAUCAGUUUCCCCGCCAUCCAGGCCGCCCCGUCAUUCAGCAGCUCCUUUCCAGAGAUAUUUAACGGUAGAAAAGACAUCCAGUGCCUAAUUCCCUGCGCCAUCGACCAGGAUCCGUAUUUCCGAAUGACCAGAGACGUCGCCCCCAGGAUCAGCUACCAGAAACCGGCCUUGCUGCAUUCAACCUUCUUCCCGGCCCUGCAGGGAGCGCAGACCAAAAUGAGCGCCAGCGAUCCCAACUCAUCCAUCUUCCUGACAGAUACGCCCAAACAGAUCAAGGCCAAGAUAAACAAGCACGCGUUCUCCGGAGGGAAAGAUACCAUCGAAGAACACAGGAAAUACGGAGGCAACUGUGAGGUCGACGUCUGUUUUAUGUACUUGACCUUCUUCCUAGAUGACGAUGAGAAACUUGAAAAAAUAAGACAGGAUUACACCAGCGGCACAUUACUAACAGGAGAACUGAAAAAGAUCCUGAUAGAAACAUUACAGCCAAUGAUCUCAGCGCAUCAAGAGAAGAGGAAACAGGUGACGGACGAGGUGGUCAGACAGUUCAUGACUCCCAGGAAGUUGGCAUUUGACUUUUAACAUCUUUUUAAAACAAGAGUUUCCCUGCUGGCAGCCAGGCACUAUAACCUAUCAAUAAAUGUUCCAUUUCAGCAUACCAACACCCAGUGUAUCUGAUCGGGGCAACUAAUGGCAAUAGACCGCCCAGUGUAACCAAUC